UGCUCCUAUACUAUACACCAACUCGCUCCCACCAACCCUUCUCCUUCAUACUCUUACUACUAAUGUAACACUUGACAUAUUAUAUUCUCUUUUUCUUCAUGCAAAUUUGACCAUUAAUUGAUUUGCUUCUUUCCAUUUUACAAACUCUACUACUGAUUCCAUUAUCCUUGUGAUUUCCAUGGCCAACAUGCUACAUAACGCUUCCAUCUCUAGAAUCCCCUUAGGAAAUCAAUGCCCCAAUAUUGUUGAUUCUGUUUCACGUUGUUGCGCUUUUCCAUCCAUCUCCUCUGAUCUUCCUGUUAUUAGAUCAUUGCAGAAGGGAAAACAUGUUGAGCUGAGGAAAACAAUUGUGUUGGCAAAGAGUAACAAGUUUGAUGACACAGAAGAAGUUGAUGUUUCUUUGAGCCCGAGAGUUAAUGCUGUGAAACCUUCCAAGACAGUCGCCAUAAGUGACCAUGCCACUGCUCUUUUACAAGCUGGAGUUCCUGUUAUUCGCUUAGCAGCUGGAGAACCUGAUUUUGAUACACCGCCUGUUAUAGCUGAGGCUGGGAUGAAUGCAAUUCGUGAAGGUUACACGAGAUACACCCCCAAUGCUGGAACAUUAGAACUACGCCAAGCAAUUUGUCAUAAGCUAAAAGAGGAGAAUGGAAUUACAUAUACUCCUGAUCAGGUUGUGGUUAGUAAUGGAGCCAAGCAGAGUGUUAUUCAAGCAGUGCUUGCAGUUUGCUCCCCAGGAGAUGAGGUCAUUAUUCCAGCUCCAUUCUAUGUGAGUUACCCAGAAAUGGCAAGAUUGGCUGAUGCAACUCCUGUGAUUCUUCCGACCAACAUAUCCGAAAAUUUUCUUUUGGAUCCAAAACUCCUUGAAUCCAACCUUACUGAAAGAUCUAGACUUCUUAUUCUUUGUUCUCCAUCUAACCCAACAGGAUCUGUGUACCCUAAGACAUUACUUGAAGAGAUAGCCCAAAUUGUAGCAAAGCACCCUAGGCUUCUGGUUCUUUGUGACGAAAUUUACGAGCACAUAAUCUAUGCACCGGCAACUCAUACAAGCUUUGCAUCUUUACCAGGCAUGUGGGACAGAACUCUAACUGUAAAUGGAUUUUCUAAGACAUUUGCAAUGACAGGUUGGCGGCUUGGGUAUGUUGCAGGACCAAAACAUUUCAUUACAGCAUGUGGAAAGAUUCAAAGUCAGUUCACAUCUGGAGCAAGUAGCAUAUCUCAAAAAGCUGCUGUUGCUGCAUUAGGACUAGGCUAUGCAGGGGGAGAGGUUGUUUCUUCCAUGGUGAAAGCAUUCAGGGAAAGAAGGGAUUUUUUGAUUAGAAGUUUUGGAGAAAUGGAAGGGGUGAAAAUAUCAGAACCACAGGGAGCAUUUUAUCUGUUCAUUGAUUUCAGCUCAUAUUAUGGAAGAGAAGCGGAAGGGUUUGGUACAAUUGAGAAUUCUGACUCGCUCUGUAGAUACUUGCUGGACAAGGGCCUGGUUGCCGUGGUGCCGGGGAGUGCAUUUGGAGAUGAUUCUUGCAUCCGCAUCUCUUAUGCAGCAUCACUUCCUACUUUAGAGGCAGCCUUAGAGAGAAUUAAGAAAGCACUUUUCCCUCUAACCUCUGCUUAGUUUGUUUAAUCAAAGGGUAAUCUGGCUGAUUCCAAAGCUAAGUACGACAGACUCAUUUGAUUAGACCUUACCCGGGUUUAUUGUACUGUAAUUUUAACAUCUCAUUGCCAUCUCUGUCAUGACCUGAGUCAGACUUAUUUGUUUUCAGAAAAAAAGAUAAAAAUAAAAAUUUCUUUCUAUUGAUGUAUGCAAAA